AUGCCUUCUAAGAAUCAAAUACCAUGUUUCAUAACUCUUGAAGGUGGUGUUGCAUCUGGAUUUAAGAAACCUGAAGAAGAUGAGUUUGAUACGCGGUUUAAAAUGUUGAAACAGUUUCAUGAGGGAAAGUGUGAUGUUGCCAUUGUUGACGAUAAUGCCGAAGUAUUUGUUUGGGUAGACCGGGAGGAAACGACGGGGAUUAAUACCAUGAGUUCGCUUCCACACACCAACCACGAGAGUGUGUCGGCUUCGAGGGUGAAGCCUUCCGAACUGGGGGAGAAUGACGGCGGCGAGAUAAGGUGGGGACUAGAGUCCGGCAGUCCCGGAAAACUGGGACUUCUUCACGCCACGUGGCGGGCUAGUGUAAUUGCGGCCCACAAGUGGGGACCACAAAAGCACGCCUCCUGGCCACGUGUAUGUCCGGAACGCUCAUGUCUACUUGUGGUCCUGGUUGCCUGCUGGCGCCACAAUCAAUGGGUAACAGAAGCAAAGGAGCUGUAUUUAUCUAUCUGUGGUCCUAGGUUCCCAUAG